AUGGUCUGGGGCAGUCACCAGCCCAACGAGCUGCAAGGCGCUUUCGCGCUUGAUGCAAAUCAGACCGUACCGGUACCGCGGGCGAAGCUCCCCGCGAAGCUGCAGCACCUAGUCGACCAUGAAGAUGAGUUUUAUGAUGAUCUCUACUCUCCCUACUCUGUCGACUCCACCGACACUCCUUACCGCUACGCCGCGUACGCCCAGCGCGUUCGCACCCUCCUCCUCUCCGCCCACCGCUACGUCGCCUACACCUCAGACGUCGGCGAGUCAUUUCGCCCCGUCGCGCACCCAUGGCUCGUGCGCUCCGCCUACGGUAUCUCAUGGGCCUACCUCCUAGGCGAUGUCGGCCAUGAGGGCUACAAGGCGUACCUACGGAACCGGCACGCGCUGGCCCCGCCCGGCGAUGCGUACCAUGACGCCAGCCACUCGCAUGAGCAGAUUUUCCGCGGCAUGGCGACGGGCAAUAUCAGCAAGCCCUUGACGAGUGAAGGAAGUGAAACGGACUCGCUGACGCCGUGGCCGACAACCAAGAUUUCGCUUGCGGAGGAUUACCGCAUGGUCAUGGCGAAGCGUGCCGUGUUCCAGGGUAUUGCUAGUAUGGGGUUGCCCGCGUUUACGAUUCAUAGCGUGGUGAGGUACUCCGGGCGCGCGGUGAAGGAUGUGAAGAACACAUUUUUGCGCACAUGGACGCCUAUCGGGCUCGGUCUCGCGGUCGUCCCAUUCCUCCCGUACCUCUUCGACCACCCCGUUGAAACAGCGGUCGACUGGACCUUCAGCACUGCACUGCGCAUCUAUGGCGGCCCAGACGCGGUCCGUCCCCUGCCCCACCAGGUCGGCCACUCCAGCACCACCGAAGAAGGUGGUGUGACAACAGCUGCUGCCCAGCUCUCGUGGGAGGAGUACAAGCACGAGCGUGAGAAGGCUCGCGAGCUUCGCCGGGACCAGCGUGGCAGCAAGCCGCUUUCAAGCUGGUUCGGAGGCUGGACCUCCGACUCGGAGAAGCCUAAGAAGGAGUAG